AUGCUCUGCUGUGUGGGGAGCUCCUGGGACAAUAGCUUUCGUUCUAAUGUCCUCGCCGCCAAUGAGCAGACGCAACUCCGGCUUGUCGCGAUGGACCCGAGGGAGGAUUCCCUUCAGGAGCGUGAGGGCAUGAUUAGAGGUGAAGAACUCCUGCGAGCCGUUCAAGUGACGACAAGGCGCCUCCGAAAACAUCGGGAUACUUGA